AGGCACAUUCCCCUUCCCUGUCUCUGUCCCCUUCCCCAUCCCCUUCCCCGUCCCCUUCCUCGUCCCUUUCCAUGUCCCCUACCCCGUCUCUGUCCCCUUCCCCUUCCUCGUCUCCGUCCCCGUCCCCUUCCUCGUCUCCAUCCCCGUCCCCUUCCUUGUCUCCGUCCCCUUCCUCGUCUCCGUCCCCGUCCCCUUCCCUGUCCCCUACCCCGUCUCCGUCCCCUUCCCUGUCCCCUACCCCGUCUCCGUCCCUUUCCCCUUCCCUGUCCCCUACCCUCUCCAAGUCCCCUUCCCUGUCCCCUACCCCGUCUCCGUCCCCUUCCCUGUCCCCUACCCCGUCUCCGUCCCUUUCCCCUUCCCUGUCCCCUACCCUCUCCAAGUCCCCUUCCCUGUCCCCUACCCCGUCUCCGUCCCUGUCCCCUUCCCCAUCCCUUUCCCCUUCCCUGUCCCCUACCCCGUCUCCGUCCCCUACCCCGUCCCCUACCCCGUCUCCGUCCCAUUCCCCUUCCCUGUCCCCUACCCCGUCUCCGUCCCCUACCCCGUCUCCGUCCCUUUCCCCUUCCCUGUCCCCUACCCCUACCCCAUCCCCUACCCCGUCUCCGUCCCAUUCCCCUACCCCGUCUCUGUCCCCAUCCCCGUCCACAACCUAAACCUACUGGAAG